ACGAUCUGAUGUUUGGAUUAUAACGUAAAAUCAAAAUGAUAUCACCGAUGUGUGUCAAACUAUAUAAUCCAGGAGGUAGUCACGUGCGCCUGGACGCUUUUCAAUUUUAGUUGAAAUAAUGUGCUUGUUUAUUUCAAUAUUACAGAAGAAAAAAAAACAAUCAGUGUAUGUUUUUGUUAUUAUAAGGUUCUCACGCGAAGAAGCACGUCGAGCAUCACUAACGAUGGCCCAAAACAGUGGAUCCCGGUGGGUUGUUGGAGCUUUGCUGGUGCUCUUAGCCAUGGGUAAGAUGACUGGCAGUAAAGUUAUAUAAUUAUGCAUCUAGCUAUACAAUCAUACCUAUCCCUCUCUUGUCCAUUCUGCUAUCCACACCUUGCAGGAGGACGAUCUAGGAAAGUGUGACAGUUAAUCAAGAAACUGGGGGGCGGGGGUUGCGUUCAUCACGUGACAUCAAAACAUUUAUUAAAUCAUACAUUUGAAAGCUCACAUUGACAUUGAUGUUACACUUUCUUUGGCCCUGGAAGUAUUCAUCAAUAAUUUGUCCCUAAGAAGUGUCUAAUGUAAAUAGUGAAGUGUAUUUUAUAUUUAAUUUGUAAUAAGUUGUCAACUCUAAUUUUAAAAAAUUAAAGUUGUGACAUACUUUAGAAGCAGGUGUCAAAGAUUUGUGAGAAUUUGUGACAGGUUAAAAAUGGUCAAAACUAGCGUAAUUUACUUUAUGUACGGCCCAUAUGACAGGAAAACAGUGAUCACAUCCAAUUUAUUAUGUUUGUUUCUGGGUGGGCAAGUGGUCUAGACCGACUCAAACAAAAUAGCUGGUGGUCUUGAGGUUAAUCCACACCAUCACAAGCAUCCCGGGUGGAUGGGACUAGUUAGCCUUGGACUGCAACUCAUCUAAGAGAAGGAAACUCUGAAUUCAAACCACGAGCUAGAAUGAUCAAUAAAUUGAUCGUGGCCCCCUCAAAUAUAGGAAGAAGAAGAAAAAGAAAGUUAAAUUACGGCGUCAAACAUUAUGCGUUCAUCCUUUUCUCAAGACAGAUAAUGCUUUGACAGCAUUUUAAAAAGCUUUCACUUAAUUAUCAUUACAGUGGUGUUAUAAAAAGUGGAACCCCAGCCUAUGGCUAGGCUCACCACUCUUCACAUACAAAUUUGCAAUAAGAGACAAAAGAAACUUGAAAUUAAAAACAGUUACGUAAAAGUAUUCAUUUGAAAACAGCUGUGUAUGAAUAUUGGCCUCGCCCACCCCAAGUACUUGUUACCUCCGUCUAGCCAUGGAUUGAAAACAGCUGUGUAUGAAUAUUGGCCUCGCCCACCCCAAGUACUUGUUACCUCCGUCUAGCCAUGGACGGCACCCAGCAGUGUCUCGCAUCGUUUAAUCCACCAGAAUCUCGGGAGACUGAGUCGGGAUAGUAAUGUUGGAAGAGAUGGGUCUUGAGUGCAGUUUGGAGGCUUGGAUGGUAUUGUGGAUGUGUAAUGGAAAAAAGAAUUCCAUGGUUCGAGGCCGCAGAAAGAAAAAAAAAAGAUCGUUCACUGUAUGUCUUACUUCGCAUCUUGGGAAAAGAAAGAAUAGGCGUGUCUGCGGAGAAAAUUUCACUGGUGCCUGUGUUGUAAUGUUAAAAUAUAUACCAGCAUCGUGUUCACAUUUUUUGGUGUUUUUUUUCUGUAAUGUUUCAUUGUUAUGACCGCACCAGCCACCUUGGCGUCGUCUGCCCCAAGAGGCACGUCACGUAAGCGAGACCUUCUGAACCUGGCCACCAUCAUCAACGCCUACACCGGUCGUGGCGCCCUCGACUACAACGACUACGGCUGCUACUGCGGCUUCGGAGGCUCCGGGACACCCGUGGAUGCUGUUGAUAGGUAAUGUAAGUUUUUGUAAUUAUUUAUUUAGCUAAUUGCAAAAGAAGUUCAAAUUUGUGGAUAUUUAUAACUGACUGAUAUUAAUUUGGCUUUGUAUAUGUUUAAAAAAAAAAGUGAUAAAAAUGUGUAUAAUUGUUGGUAUUAAUUUUUUUAAAACAUUCUUUAAAAUUUUGUAAUUUAAAUAUUUCAAAAUAAAAAAAUAAAACUUUAUUCGUUUCGUUAUCGAGGAAAAAAACAUUAAAAAAUACACAUCACUUAAUUCUUUUUUUUUUUUUUAAGAAUUAAGUAGAUGUGUAUUACAAAAUACACAUCUACUUCAUUCUUUUUAAAAUAGUCUUUAAUUAGCGUUAUAAACUAUUUAUUAAUUUAAAUAUUUCAAAAUAAAAAAAUAAAACUUUAUUCGUUUCGUUAUCGAGGAAAAAAACAUUAAAAAAUACACAUCACUUAAUUCUUUUUUUUUUUUUUUAAGAAUUAAGUAGAUGUGUAUUACAAAAUACACAUCUACUUCAUUCUUUUUAAAAUAGUCUUUAAUUAGCGUUAUCAACUAUUUAGUGAACUUCACCUUUGACGUUUAUUAUUUUAAAAAAUUGUCGUCGUAAUUGAACGUAUUGCGUCCAGCCAAUCUUUGCAUUGUUUCACGCCAGGUGUUGUCAGGCACACGAUGCCUGCUACUCUGCCACCAGUUGUUUGAUCCCACACUUGGCGUCAGCCAAAGAGGAGUGCCAUGGAAACACCUGCACGUGUUUAGGUGAGUCCGGCAAUGGUCACGUUGGGUAAAAAUAUUUCCGGCAGAGGUAUCUCACGUACAGUAUUUCAAAUACAGGUAACUCAUGCCCAAUAUUUCAAGUACAGGCAACUCAUGCACAAUAUUUCAAGUACAGGUAGUCCAUGCCCUGUAUUUCAAGUACAGGUAACUCAAGCCCAAUAUUUCAAUUUCAGGUUAUUAAUUUACAGGUAACUCAUUUACAAUAUUUCAAGUACAGGUAACUCAUUUACAAUAUUUCAAGUACUGGUAACUCAUGUAAAAUAUUUCAUAUACAAGUAAUGCGUUACAUUGUUGAUUUCAUUAUCUAAGAAUAAACAGGUUCAUUUCUCAAAGUCUAUUUAUUAAGAUUAAUAUCAAAUAUAUCUAAUAAAUUCAUCCGUCGAAAUCUACUAUGACCAAAGUAAUCAUCGCACAGGCUGAUAACUCUCCUCAACCCUGGGUGCGCAGAUGGCUGAUGACACCAAUUAUAGCAAAUACGAUUGUUGUUGGGUUGUUUUUUUUUUGGUACUAAUAAGUAACAUUGGCAUCCAAGUCAAGGGAUCUCAAGUCGCUAUAUGAAAUCGCUCUAUGUUUACAUAUCAUUGUAUGCAUUUCAAUAAUAUUUGUCUUUCAGAUCCCACCUACACCUGUGCCUACGAGGCUUGCCACUGUGACGUCGUAUUCGGCCAAUGUCUGUCUCGUGCCCCGUACGUCAAUUCCCACAAAGGAUACUGUCCCAACUAAGGGUGGAAAAAAAAAUCCAAAUUAAAGAGAAACGAAAUAAAUCAGAUUUUAGUGUCUAGUUUCUAUUUACGUGUCUUCUUAAAAAAAAAAAGUUGCAUUUUAAACUGUUAGGACUGUUUAUAUACAGAAACUUCUUGCACGGCUAAUACGUCUAGCUGUUAUAGACAUUUCAUCAUCAUCAGUUAUAUUAUUUUGUUUUUCAUCAGUGUUUUUUUUAAGGGAACGUUUUGUCAUGAGAGGCUAUUGGGGGUCAAUACGGAGCUUUGAUGCGUAUGGAAGCAGGCAGUUAUGGUAUUAGUACGGAUGCAACGCUGUCGUGGGAUGGCUUCUGAAUUUUUUUUUUCGAUUCUUGUCAAAGUUUGUGGAAAAAAAUCGAAUGAUGAGAGACUGCAAUCAGAUAAGGAAUCAAUUCCUAUGGCGCUACACCCAUGUAAUGGUUUGGCCUGCCUCACCACGUCCUUUCAUACAGACCUAACUGAUGCUUUUCUUUUCUAUGCUUGGAUUCCCGGCUGCUGUAGAUCUUUUUCCAUAUCGGAUUGCGGUAUAGAAGCGGAUAAUCGAAAUGAAUUAUGGGAAAGCCCCAAAAAAAGGAUGCAACAACAAAACAAAAAGGAUGUUUUUAUUCUAUUUGAUUUGUAAUUUUAAAUUUACUUAAUAAAUUAUUAUUUGUAAUCAGCCCUAUUUUGGGUAUCGUUCUUUAUUGCUGUAUUUAAUUAAUG